AGGGAGAAACAAGAGAGACCCCAUCGCAAUUUGCCAAGUAAGAGAAAAAGGUUUUAUUAGUUUGUUCAGGCCAAAGCCGAAAUCUUUCACAUAAAUACACUCCCCUUUUUGAACAAGGAAAAGAAAAAAAAACCCCUCUUCCUUUUCAUCUUUUCUGUUAUGUUCUUAUCUUGUUCUUGUUCUUCAAUUAUAUCUCAUCACUCAAAAACCAAAACCAAAACCAAAACCAAAACCCAAACUUAAACUUUUUCUUUUGAUUUGGUUGAUCCAUAGAUCUGCUAAUUCCAAUUCCAUGCUCGCAUGAAGUUUUUUCCUUUUCUGUUUCCAGAUCCUCUUCUUCAAGUUUAAACCAAAGUGGUCAAACUACAAGUACUAUUUAAAUUAUCGUGUUGAGAAGCAAAGGAGGAUAUGGCUUCGCUGUUCAGGUUUCUAAGGUUUGGUUGUAUAUAGGGCACAUUUAGAUGUGGAGAACUUGGAGGGGUUUCUGGAUGAGAUGAGGGAUGUUAUCUGGGUUGAUGAACUUUUUGAGGGCCUGUUUUCGGCCAAGGUCAGAUCAAUACAGUCACACAAGUUUGGAUACCGGAGGUCGCCAAGAUGGACUUUUGUGGUACAAGGACACAGGGCAGCACGUCAAUGGUGAGUUCUCGAUGGCAGUGGUUCAGGCAAACAAUUUACUUGAGGAUCAGAGCCAACUUGAGUCUGGUUGUUUGAGUUUAAAUGAGUUGGGUCCCUAUGGUACUUUUGUUGGCGUAUAUGAUGGACAUGGGGGCCCAGAGACUUCACGUUUCAUAAAUGAACAUCUUUUUCAACAUCUCAAGCGGUUCAUUUCAGAGCAGCAGACAAUGUCAGUUGAUGUGAUACGAAAAGCGUAUCAAGCAACAGAAGAGGGUUUUUUGUCUCUUGUUACCAAACAGUGGCCUGUGAAGCCACAAAUUGCAGCUGUUGGAUCCUGCUGCCUGGUUGGUGUCAUAUGUGGUGGAACCCUCUAUGUUGCCAACCUUGGUGAUUCGCGUGCUGUUUUGGGGAGAGCUGUGAAGGCAACAGGAGAGGUUCUAGCCAUUCAGCUGUCGGCUGAGCAUAAUGUGUGCAUAGAAUCUGUAAGACAAGAGCUGCAGUCAUUGCACCCUGAUGACUCACAGAUUGUUGUUUUGAAGCACAAUGUAUGGCGUGUAAAAGGUCUCAUACAGGUUUCCAGAUCAAUUGGUGAUGUAUAUUUGAAAAAGGCCGAGUUCAACAGGGAGCCUUUAUAUUCAAAAUUCCGCCUUCGGGAACCUUUGAAAAGGCCAAUAUUAAGUGCAGACCCAUCAAUAUCAGUUCACCAACUGCAGCCACACGAUCAGUUUGUGAUACUUGCAUCAGAUGGGCUCUGGGAGCACUUAAGCAAUCAAGAAGCUGUUGAUAUAGUACAAAAUCAUCCACGAAGUGGAAGUGCAAGAAGGCUGGUAAAAACUGCUCUAAAAGAAGCAGCAAAUAAGAGGGAAAUGAGGUAUUCUGACUUGAAGAAGAUUGACCGCGGCGUGCGUCGGCAUUUCCACGAUGACAUCACAGUAAUCGUGGUGUUUCUUGACUCAAACCUUGUGAGCAGGGCUAGUUCGGUUAAGGGUCCGAAUCUAUCAGUUAAAGGAGGAGGAGUCAACUUGCGUCCUAAUAUACUGGCUCCUUGUGCCACACCAACAGAAGCUGGCAGUACCUAAUCGUGCUGCAUGCUUUUAUUUGUUGCAUCAUUGUCUAAUGUGAAUACACCUGGUAGAUUCCAAAGGCCAUAAGAGGAACAAGCCUUCAAUUCUUUAAUAUACCCUGUAAGUUUUAACUGGAAACCAAUACCUGCAUUUAACAUCGUGCCGAAAAUCUUAAAAUGAGCUUAGAGGAAAAGUGCAAGAUAAGGUGACAGAGAGAUUAUUAUAGUUAAUUAAGCUAGUUUCCGGUCUCAUUAUAUCAGUCUCCUUUUGUUCUUCAGUUACUGCAUUCGACUCUUAAUUCCACUGUUUCCACAGUAUAUGUUCUUUUAUUUAUUUAUUUAUUUUUGCUUUUCA